UGCAACGUAUGAUUGAUUUGUGUUCACACACACACCUUUUGUUUUUGCUGUAGGCUUCUACAUACAAAGCACACCCAGGUUUACAGACGGCACAGUUCAACAGUAAGCUGCCAGAGUGAGAAUGGAGAUCUCUGUGAGGUUUAAUCUGUUGCUACUGCUCGGCACCGUCUCACAGAGUGAAAGUAACGAUUGUCAGCAGACUUUUCCUCAAGACAUCUACGCUGGGCUGAGAGAGAUCACCUCCUCGUUGGUUCAGCUGAAGGCGGACAUGACAUUGUUGCAAAGAGAGACUAAAGAACAAGCAGCACAGCAGAAAACUGAAGUGGACAAGCUGAAUCAAAAACUGCAAGUCCGACAGGUUGCAUUCUCAGCCUCUCUGUUGGCUGGUGAAUCAGCAACUAUUGGUCCAUUUCCAUCACACACUACUCUGAUCUACAAACACGUCCCCACCAACAUCGGAAAUGCCUACAACUCAAACACAGGUCUGUUCACAGCCCCGGUGAGAGGAGCGUACCACUUUGAGUGGUGGGUUGGUGUACAUGGAGACAACGGUGUCCACGCUUCAGCUGCUGGGUUGUUCAAAAACUCAGACCAAAUUUUCUUGGCAUGGGAGCAACAGACUGCCUACUUUGGGACUUCCUCUAAUGGUGUUACACUGUUUCUAGAGGUGGGAGAAGUUGUGUCUGUGCGUCUGUGGGCUGGCACUUUGGCGUUUGACAACGGAUAUCACCACACCACCUUCAGUGGUCAUCUGCUGUUCCCCAUGUAAGACAGAAACAGCAGCUCUGUGAUAGUCACACAGGUUUUUGUUGUCUUAAACAAGUCUUCAUAGCACUUCAUAGAUUUAAACUGAUUUCAUCUGCAUCCAAAUAAUAUAAUAAUUGUCGACAGGUAUCUUUUUUUCCUUCAAAUAUAAAGUGGUUAAUGUUUCUGUUCAUUUUAGUUAAAGAAUAAACAAAUAUCAUGGCAA